AUGCUCAUCUCAACUCGUGACUUCUUCAUUUCAGAUGAGCAAAUGGGUAAUGUUAAUACGAUUCCUGUAGUUUCACAAGCCAAAUCACUGGUUCAAGUCGUAACUGGAGAUCCAGAUGGAGCCGCUGAAACGCAAGAAAAAUUCUUUCAUGAAUGUAUUGGAGUCUCACAAGUCAGAUGUGGAAAACAACUUUCGAAUUUUGCUGAUGGUGUUCCUGUUGUAGGCCAUGUUAAAGGAGGAAUUCAUCAUCUGGUUGGUGAUCACGAAGGAGGAAACAAAGCAAUCGUUAGUGCAACAAGAACUACUGGUGUGAUGGUCGGAGGAGCUACAGGGUUUCUUGUUGGUGGACCUGUUGGUGCAGUCGCUGGCGGAAUCGCAGCUGGUGCAACGUUAGAUGGAGCAGCUACAUUGGGAUCUUCACUCAGAGAGAAUGAAUACAAACCAGAAGGAAUGUUUGCGAGUGUCCAAGAAGUAAUUGAUCGACCAUCCGGUGGAGCUGUUUUCGAUGCUUUAGCAGUUCCAGUUUUCGAUGGACUUGCUGGAUAUCAAGGUGGCAAAAUUGCAGGUGCUUUGGAAAACGCAGCAGCAGCAAAAGCGGCCAAUGCACCGCUCGAUCCUCAAACAGCUGCAAAAGCUGCGGAAGUUCGUGUUUACGCUGAUCGAGCCAUGGCAAUAGCAGAAGAUAUGCGUGAAACUCCUGGAGUUACAACUGGACAAUUAUUAAAGCAAUAUGACGUGGCUAUGGCACUUGACAAAAAAGCUACUCUAAUUGAAAAUGCAGGUCGUCCACCUCCUCCUGUUUUUGAUCCUAAAGCGAGUUCAAGACCCAAUGUAUAUCCACCGGGAGUGCAAGAAGACGAUAGACAAAGGAAAAAAUUCAGAAACAAAACAACAUCAACUUCAUUAUCAACUUCUACUUCGACACCAACUUCUGAAUCUCCAACAUCGUCUACAUUCAAUUUUUCUGCAAACGGAGAACUCACAUUUCAUAAAGAGCUCCAGAAAGUAAUCACUGCCUUCAAAUUAUUUGAUUCGUUGAAUGCCUACGAUCUUUCGGUGAUUGAAUCAAAAGUUAAUCAAUUCUUGAGAGGAAAAGGAGCUCAAGUUAUACAAACGGAGAAGAUUUUUACAAAAGUAAUGCUCAAUGAAAGUGAAAAUCAGAACUUCAAAUCAGAACAUGUUGUUUCUGUUUUAUAUGGGAAAACUACUGCAGAGAAGUUCGAAAAGAAAAAUCCUUUGCGAGGUUUUCAAGUUCUGCUACGUCAUCAAUCAGAGUCAAUGGGAGCUCUUCAUAUUCUUCUCUCUCAUCCUCAAGAUAUGCUAGACAUUCUUCCUGGACUAGAUAUUUCACUUUUCCCACCACACAUUCGGCAGUUCUUGGAGAAUGAUUUAGAUAACUUGAGAAAUGGAAAGCAACGAAGAUUGCUUACCGAAGCACAGAAACUGGCAAUGGUUGAGGAGGCUAAACAAUAUUACAUCAAAAAUCCUUGGAAUCGUCGUAAAAUGAUUGCAAACGAGUUGAUUCUAGUGGCAUACCUCCGUAUUCAUAUGAAUCCUGCCAACUUUUUUGCUCAUCAAUUUUUCCCGGUUUCAUCAAACCGACAACAGUUUCGAGUUGUUUUCAAUAUGUCAACAACAUCUGGAAAUGUACGCCAGUUGUCGAUUUGCUUGAGUUGUGAUCAAGGUGGAACUGGUAAAGCAAUCAUCUACAAAUCACCUGGAAAAGACGGCGUCGACUGUGACUGUUAUGAAAUCGUCACUUCUUUUUUACUUUGUUAA